UUUGUUAACCAGAGUGACGGAGGCUCGAUGUCUACCCCGGAUAACUCUGCCACCACUGCUUAUCCUCCUCUAUCCCUUCCUUAUCCUGAUUUUCACCAUCACUCUGGGCAUUUAUGGAGCAGUUCUUCAGAUUUCGCUGUCGUUUGACUCAUGGUGGGCUGAGGUUAGCGACCCAGAGAAGGGUUUCUAUGGUUGGUUGUGUUCGUUGCUGCACGUAGAGGAGUGUGCACCAUAUGAGACAGUUGUCUUGAUGACUGAGCCCCUGGAUGCCAAGAUGGUGCACUCCACCGUCUAGUGUGCUCGUGCACGGCGACAAGUGUGCUUCCCUCAAGGCCAACGUCUCAUUGACAAGUGCACCUCAGUCUAGAGUGUUGACGAGUGCACUUCCUUCAAGACUGUCCUCUUGUCAAUUAGGGUGCUUCAGUCUAGACUGUUGACAAUUGCUCUUCCUUCAAGACCGUCAUCUACAUGACCAAACUCAUCGAUGCUACAAUCUACAUUCUUCCGUGUAAUUUUUACAGCCCUAAUGUUUAUGAGGAAAUAAACUGGAACAAGAAUUUGAAUCGUACCAUAGUUGUAGCAUUUAUAAAAAUGGACUUGAAUGAGAAUUUGAAUUGUACCGUAGUUAUUGUAGUAUUUAUAAAAGUAGUCAAAUGAGAAUUUGAAUUGUACCAGAGUAGUUUAGCAUUUUUAAAAGUAACUUUUGAUGUAACUUGAGAAUACAAUAGUGUACAUUCCACCCGUAUAUAAUUCCGAGAAUAAUUUCAGCAAAUCUGCUAAUUCAUGGGUCAGAUUUUGCAGAUUUUUCCUGGCUGCCAAUUUGAAAUGAUUCGCAGUUUGGCCGGUGCUCGUGUUUCCCAGUCAGCGAUUGUGAUUCCCUUGACAGAUUGUGAGUGACAUUUGUUCCAGUUGCUCAAUCAUCCAUAACAGAUUGAUACUUUUUGUUUAAAAGCAAAUUUAAAUUGAAUUUUUGUGAAUGUUUUGUGUUGACAAAGAGGUGUGAGCCUAUUGUCUAAUUCCACUAUUAUUGUGAUAUUCACACACACAUGCACAUGCUCUCUCUCUCUCUCUCUCUCUCUCUCUCUCUCUCUCUCUCUCUCUCUGUCUCUGUCUCUCUCUCUGUCUCUCUCGCUCUGUCUCUCUCUCUCUCUCUCUCUGUCUCUCUCUCUGUCUCUCUCUGUCUCUCUCUCUCUGUCUCUCUCUCUCUGUCUCUCUCUCUCUGUCUCUCUCUCUCUGUCUCUCUCUCUCUCUCUCUCUGUCUCUCUCUCUCUGUCUCUGUCUGUCUCUCUCUGUCUCUCUCUCUGUCUGUCUCUCUCUCUGUCUCUCUCUCUGUCUCUCUCUCUCUGUCUCUCUCUCUGUCUCUCUCUCUCUCUGUCUCUCUCUCUGUCUCUCUCUCUCUGUCUCUCUCUCUCUGUCUCUCUCUCUGUCUCUGUCUCUCUCUCUGUCUCUGUCUCUCUCUGUCUC